CGGAGCUGCUCGUUGCGGGCGGCUCGUGGUUGUGAGGCACGAGGCCGGUCCCCCGCCAUGUCGUUCCGCCGCGCCCUGGCGUUGGCCGCCUGCGGGUUGGCCGGGGGCUCCGUGCUGUUCUCGGCCGUGGCCGUGAGCAAACAGCCGGCACGGGGGGACGCCGAGCCGCGACCAGGGGGGGGAUCCGCCGCCGCUCCCCCCGCCCCCGCAGCGCCGCAGGGUUUGUUGCUGCUGCCGCCCGCCGCCUCCUGCCCGCCGGGACCGGGUUGGAUCGAGCGGCCCGCGGGGAGCGGCGGGUUCUGGGACAGCAACUGGGACCGGCGUGAACCGCUGGCUCUCAUCAACCUCAAGAAGAAGAACGAGGAGACAGGGGAGGAGGAGCUGAGCUCGCGGCUGGAGCACUGCAGGGCCAGGGCCACCCGCCACAUCUUCCUCAUCCGCCACUCGCAGUACAACCUGGACGGCCGCGCCGAUAAGGACCGGACACUGACCCCGCUGGGUCGAGAACAGGCCGAGCUGACGGGACACAGACUGGCAAGUUUGGGGUUAAAGUUUAAUCAGAUCAUCCACUCCUCCAUGACCAGAGCAACCGAAACAACUGAAAUUAUAAGCAAAUACCUCCCAGGUGUCAAAAAAAUUAGCACUGAUCUGCUGAGAGAGGGAGCACCCAUAGAACCGGACCCUCCCGUCUCCCACUGGAAACCAGACGCUGUGCAGUAUUACGAAGAUGGAGCUCGAAUUGAGGCUGCGUUUCGAAACUUCAUUCAUCGGGCUGACGUGAAGCAGGAGGAGGACAGCUAUGAGAUCUUUGUCUGCCACGCCAACGUGAUCCGCUAUAUUGUCUGCAGAGCGCUGCAGUUCCCCCCCGAAGGCUGGCUGCGAAUGUCUCUUAACAAUGGCAGCAUCACUCACUUGGUGAUACGGCCCAAUGGGAGGGUGGCCCUUCGAACGCUGGGUGACACGGGUUUCAUGCCUCCAGAUAAAAUCACACGCACCUGAGGAGUGAAGUGCCGGCUGCCCGGGAGCUGCCUCUGGACUCUUUGCACUCGUACACUCAGCUACAGUACCACUAGAUUUUUAUCUGUUACUUGUGAUGCUGUCUUAAAAUGUCCUUCAGCCCCUUUGCCUCCUUCAUGCGCGCUCAUCACUGCCUUCCAGUACAGAAGAGAACUCUAAGCCUGAAGCUGUCCUGUCCUCAGGUAUUCCCCAGAGCUCAAAGCUGAGCUGUGGAAUACAACAAGAGUGAAUGUCUGUGUGCUCAGCAGCUGCAAGAGCACCGAGUUUUUAUUCCCCUGUGAAUUCCUAUAACCAAAGCUCACUCCUGUGGAUAUUUUUCUUGUGCAGGAAAAUAAUUGCUAUGGGAAGUGUUUGAACAGCCUUGUAUCGCACAGUGCGGCUGAAGAUGAGCCAGCUUGUUUCAGCUGUUGCAGAGGAAGUGACAAACUGAAGGGAUUCUGCUGUUAAAAGCAGAAAGGGUUAAGGCUUACAGGUUCUGUUGUCAUAAGCUGAGGAGGAUGUGCGUUUUUGUUGUGUCACUGUUCACCCUGCCCCAAGAACUGCCUGGAGGUUGUAGGCAUAAGGAGGGGAAGAAAACCUUUGCCUCAGAGCUGUGGUGCUAGACUUGACUUAACUGCUGCUUACACUGAGUGUUCCUCCGUCCUCAGGAAGUACUUUAAGCUGUUCUGAACGUUAUUUUUUCAGUCUCACAAAGCCUUCAAUUAAAACUUGACCUGUAGAAAGACGUAGGGAUGGGAUUUGUAGCAGGAAGACAGAAGCAAUGUAAAGCGGUUUUAUCUGCACUUUCUUCUCGUUACUCUUACAUUUACAAGGAGUAAACUUUUUUCCUUCUGCUUUCUCCCAUGGGUUUCUAUCUGUGGACACCUUGCUUUUGGUGUAGAGGAGCUGCAGUGCUGAACUCAGGGCAGUAGUACCUCAGGUCGCAGGUUGGGCAGGAUUGGAGCAAACAGCUGCUUAAAACAGCGGUUGCCCAAAUGGUGGCAGGGCAUCUCUGGGCUGGAUUCUCUCGGCCAGCACUUCCACCAGGCAAAUGCUUUAAGGUAAGGUAGGGCGCUCCUUGGGUACAGCUGGACUUGUGUGUGAAGAAUGCAGGUGGCUGAGAAGUAGGUGGCAUUUUUGAGAGGAGAGCUCAGAAGCGUUUCAUCUUACUGGUGUUUGACUGAUCAGCUCACAGUGCCUGUAGUUCUGACCGGUUCUGUCUGCAUGGUCUGCUGUGCUGUUUGGUUGUGCACAUCAUUGUGGGACGGUGGACAUAAAUAAGGCGUUGUUACGUUGUCUGUACAUUUUUCUUAUCUCUGGAAAUUGUAGAGGAUCCCCAGGAGCUGUCAGAGCUGUGUGCAGUGUCUGUCUGUGGCACAGCACACAGCCAGGCAGGGCUUGCUGUCAGAAUGACUUGGGAACUGGGGCUAGUGGGGAAUAAAAUACGGUCGUUGUAGUGCAGCUUGUGGGGGCAGCAGGAAACCAUUGUGGUGUGUCUCAUUGAUAAAAUGGGAUUAAUUUAUCAGGUUUUGGGUUUUUUUUCGUCUAUUAACUUUUUAAAAGUUUUGAAUAAAAUAACUGGUCUGUCUUUC